GGCAUCUACACACCGGAGAAUAUUCUACAAGCCUCAUGUAGCGAGUCUUUGAAAGAACUUGGGCCAGAGUGCAUUAGACUUGCUUGAUAACGAACAACUUAAAUCUAUGCAGAUGUCUACUGAAGACGCUGUGAAAGCUCUAACGUCUACUCCAUCUACUAUUACGAGGGCAUUGGAGCUGGUUGCUGGGAAUAACCAGCAGAUGCUGUUAUUACAACAGGAAAUUUUGAGGAAUAUUUCUAUUUUGGAUGAGUCCAGGAUGUUUCUUCAACAAUUUCUCUCUAAAAUCAACGAACCAGUUGCAGAAAUCACUUCAGAUGUUCUUCACGCUGUUGCGGCAUAUUUCGACCCGGACACGCUGCGAGCAUUUAUUGCGAAGAGCUCACAACAGAGUUUACAAAUUCUGGAUCUCCUUUCAUCAGCAAAAAGUAAUUGGAAAUGGAAAGAUGUGAUGCUGGAAGUUAUUUUUGAGCUUGCACCCGCGGCUGAAUUCUGGGAACAGAUUCAGUUUAGGCUCACGCAUUCUACAAGUAUAGAAGAAAUGUCGACCCUCUUGCGCAAAACCAGACAGGUUCCCACCAAAGAGCUAGUGACGUCGGUUAAUGGCAUUUUGCUGCAACUGAGAAGGACCACUCCACUUAGCUCUGAAGAUAAGCUAGCUGUCCUCAAACAUCUCCUUGAACGCUGCUCAAACAUGGAUGAUAUGGAUGGAGUAAAUUUUCAAUUAGCAGUGGCCUAUUGCCCUCUUAGUGCCAUUGAUCUACUGCUAGAAUAUCUGCCUCGGAACUGUGUUACCGGAGAAAUCAUUCUAAGCGCAGCCGCCAGGAAUCGGACUGACGGACCAGACAUUAUGGAACGCCUAUUAGAGAUGCAAGAACCCUACGCAGCUGUUGCAAGUAGGGUCAUAAUAUCCGCCGUUCAAAAUAACAUCAAUGCAUUGAAGUUCCUCCUUGAACUAUAUGGGGACGAGAUGAAGAUUACGGCUGAUAUCUUGAUGUAUGCCCGAGGAUAUUCUGUGUUCGACCUUCUCCUGUUCUAUACGAGAGACGACGUAAUGGCAGCUGCACCUAUGGCACUUCACCUGGCUUCGAGGUACGACCGAAAGCAUCUAAAACUGAGAAAGAUGAAAAGCCUGCUAUCGUAAUGCCCCAGCUCUUGGUUUGAAGUAACAGAGGUGCUACUGCUGGAUGUUUUGGUCAAGGAACCAGACACAGCAUACAAAGAACUGUCCAUGCUGAUAAAUAAGCUGGGAGGAAAGUCGAAAUCACAGAGAGAGUAAUAGCGGCAGCAGCGUCAAAUAGUGGCAAAACGCUCAUGUUGCUCAGAAAUUGGAAGCCUGAAGCAUUCCAAAUUACGGCGCAUUUAAUGGCGCUAGUCGCCGCCAGUGGCAAUGUCGCUACAUUUAACUACCUGGACAACGAAUCUAGGGACAAGACCGUCGUUACUGACGUGAUGCGCCAACUAGCCAAGUUCAGAUAUCUUUUUCUCCAUGGCGGCAUUUUAGGACCAAUAAGGAAGUUCGAGGACCAGUGGCGAAGGGGAGUCGUCACUGACUCUGCGGAUGUGCAUGGAUUGACGGCGCUGCAUGUGGUAGCAUAUACCAACAAUUGGAAUCCCAAAUUAGGACGUUUUCUUUUGAAAACCGUCAAAGCGGACGUACACGCCGUCGACAGAUGGGGACGGACACCAUUACACUAUGCUGCUUCUGGGAUCGCUUACGCCUUUGAGGCGUUGGUGGGCGCAGGGGGAAGUCUACAAGCUGUUGAUUUGGAAGGAGAGACACCUAUAAGCUUAAUGGAGAAGGAGUAUAGAGAACAGAAAGAAGCGGGUAGAUCGGUCUGGUGAGUGAUGGAAAAGUUGAAUAUUAUAAGACGCUAUGGUGGUAGUACCCCACUGGGGUAAACUGUUGACGCUGAGAAAGAGUAGAACCAAGCACGGGAAUAAAAAAGGACAAUCACGAGAUUUGAAUAAGAAAGAGUAAUGGACGAUGUGUGAUUUCGUACGCGUGCACAAACAAAGAAGUACAACUUUGAAUGUUUC